AUGGAUUCAAGACAAUCGGAAUACGCCGUACAAAUCAGUCGUUUCUUUUUACAGCCCCUAGGUCUAUGGGAUACGUUAAAUUAUUCGUCGAAACUGAACAGGCUCCUUCACUUUCUUCAAAUUAUCAAUGUUUACUUUUUGCUGCUGUUUGCGAUAGUGCCGACUGUACUGCGUGUACUGUUUGAAGAGAAAAAUCUCGAGAUGAAAAUAAAAUUGAUUGGACCGUUAAAUUUUGCGGUUACAUCGGUAAUCAAACAUGCAUUGAUAUUUCGAAAUAAUUUAGAAAUCACCAAGUGUUAUCAACAAAUAGAAAUGGAUUGGCAAAACACGUGCUACGUUGAAAAGAAGGUGAUGCAAGAAAAGGUCAAGACGUGUAGAUCACUAGUGAUUUUUACAGCCAUCGUUACGUACACGGGUUCAUUGCUUUACCAUUUUUUUAUACCAUUAGCAGCAAUAUCGGAAAGUCUUUCAAAAAAUCCUCGGAGAACCGUCGAUUUCUUAAAUAUUACUGGAGAUGAACAUGUUAAAUUGCCACGAAUUCUUUCUUAUCCUGUCUACAGCGGAUUUAUUAAUUUAGAAAAUAAUAUAAUUUUUGCCACAGUUUACAUUUUACAGUACUUUUCGUUGUUUAUUUGCGACACUAUUAUUGUUGCAACGUGUAGUCUCGCUGCAACAUUCGUCUCUCACAUCUAUGCUCAGCUCGACAUCAUUAUGAUAUUAAUAAAAAAUUAUAUUGAUGGUGAUGUAGAUAAGGACGGCAUUCCUUUUCCGAAAGGGGCCAUAUCCCGUAAGGAAAGACUCGCAAUCAUAGUACAGCGUCACAUAAAAACUUUGAACAAAAAAGAUCUAGUUAGUUUAUCAUCUUACAUAAUGCUACUUGCAUCUUACACCAUGACUAUUUUUAUAUACUGUUACAUUGGCGAAACUCUUACAUCCAAGUGUACACAAGUUGGUUCCAUUUACAAUAUCAUUCGUUGGUAUGAUUUACCAGGAAAGAGUGCAUCUGAGAUAAUGUUUAUCGUUUCUAUAUCACGUUACCCAGCUAAAUUGACAGCUGGAAAGUUUAUCGAUUUAACCCUUGCGACUUUUUGCACUGUACUAAAAUCAGCUUUUACUUAUUUCAAUUUACUAAGAACAUCCAUAACAUAACUUAUUUUAACAGACAA